GGGGGGAGGAGGAGGAUCAUCUGGCCCCGCCCCUUUGCAGACUUGACCACCGCCUGCGCGCGCAGUCGCACACAAGCCUCCUCAUCGCAUCGGCGAAAGCGCUCCGUGGACGACUAACCGGGCUGCUCCACGCGUGCCGAGCUGCAUGCGGCUGCUGCUGGCCUUUUCGCAUUUUCAUGAGGACGGAACUGAGGUGCUUCUUCGAUUGUCUGCUCAACGUGCUGCUGAUUCUUCUAUGGACGCAGAUUGAGGUGCAGCUUCCGGUGCAGACAGUGUGACGUGGCCAUGCCAGCCCCGCCUCCCCCUCCUCCCCCAGGAGCCCCGCCUCCGCCCACCUUUGCACCCGCUAACACAGAGAGGACGAGCCGCGGGGAGCAGAAAGGAAGAAACGCGCUGUUGUCGGACAUUUGUAAAGGUUCCAAACUCAAAAAGACUGUCACCAAUGACCGCAGUGGACCGAUACUGGACAAUCCCAAAGGUGGAGGGAGUGCAGGAGGAGGAGGAGGAGGAAGUUCAGGCGGAGCCGGAGGCGGUGGAGGUUUUGGUGGCGGGGCCUCUCCUGGUUUAGGGGGCCUCUUUGCAGGAGGGAUGCCAAAACUGCGCUCCUCAGCCAGCCGAGACUCCACUGACUCGACGCCCCCCAGGGGACCGGCGUACCCCCCAAGUCGCUCCAGCGGCCCCAGCCCCUUCAGCAGCGGUGGGCACUCCGGCAGCGCUCCGAAAUUCCCUGGGGCGUCUUCUGUGGUCCGUGGCGGCGUUCCUGACUUCCCCAAGAACCGGACAAAUCUCUCGCCGAGGCAAGACACCCCUGGAGGUCCCCCGCCCGUACCUAACACGCCGCGGCCCAACCAGAACUUCAGCCCCCGCGGAGGGCCGCCGCCUCCUUCCGGACCCAGACCCAGCCCUGGGCCCCCUAGUUUUCCCCCAGGGCGGCACGGACCCCUUCCUCCGCCGCCAGGGGCUCCGAGGCCCGGCUUCUCCACGUCGUCGCCCACGCCAUCCUCCAACAGCAGCAGACCGCCUUUGCCGCCAGCUCCAGGGGGGCGGCCCGCGCUUCCUGACGACCGACCCCUUCCCCCACCGGUCGGGGGUCACCGGCUGUCGAUGCCCCGUGACCUCCCCCCUCCGCCUCCACCCGCCGUCAAUUGCAAACCUCCCUCGUCUGCUUCCUCGCGCUCUUCUGGGGGAGCGCCGCCCCUCCCGCCCGGGCGACCGGGACCUCCUCCUCUGCCGCCCACGCCGGCCGUGGGGGACGACCACAGCACGCCUCGGCUACCCCAAAGGAACAGCUCGCUUCACAGCAAUUCCCCACAUGCCCGCACGGGACCCCUCCCUCCGCCGCCCAACGAGAGGCCGCCAUCCUUCGGAAGAAACCAAAGUUCACCACGCGCAGGGCCGCUUCCUCCGCCGCCACCCGUGGGUCGCAAUGUGGGCGGCGGCAGCGUGAGGUCAUCGCCGGGGCACUCUCCGAUCGGACGGCUGGGGUCGGAUUCCCCCCGUGGCGGCCCCGGUGGCAGACCCCCUCUGCCUCCGGACAGACCCGGAGCCGGGGGCGCACCUCCUCCGCCGCCGCCGCCGCCCAUGGGCAACGGUUUCCUCAACUCUCACCACAACCAGACUCACGAUGACUGGGCGGCCCGCUUCACUUUCCACCCGGUGUCGGACCUGCCACCGCCUGAGCCGUACCAGGCCUUCCACAAGAUCUACCCCAGCAAGAUAGGCAAGGCGGACGGCAGAGGUUCGGGUAAAAAGGAACGAGGCGCUCCCCCUCUUCCUCCUACACCCAGGUGAAGAUGACGAAGGCAAACACGCCAAGUGGACCAAAAGGACGGACGACAAAAGCGUUAAGAGAGGGGGGGGAUAAUGUUUUUGUUUGGAAGAGUUUUAUCCACUAAUCAGACUAUCACAAGAUUCCAGUUCAUGCUUUGCCUAAUAUUUUAAUUAUUCCACAACGUGUGAGAAGAAGUCGCACAAAACCAAUCAAAGUGUGACCGUGGCUUUAACGACGGCACACCUGCGGUCACUCAGCUUCCUCAGGGGAUCCCCUUUUUUUGUCCUUUUUUUCGGCUUCAAAUGCGGCGAGUGGAAUCCGCGUUCAUAUCGUGCCUUUUCCCUGUCGGCCUGCUUCACCGCGUGGAAGGAGAUCCGCCAGGGAUGACCCCGUGUGCCUUAAGAGCAGAUAAUAUAUGACAGAAAAUGAGAGUAUUAUGCAGAUAAAAAGCGUCGUUAAAGGUCGGCCCUGCCGCUGCUGCGUCGGAGGGAACGCCAUGAUUUAGCCAAAGUGCGUUUACUUAAGUGUGAGUGUUCCUGAACGCUACUUUUCCUUCCUUUCCUGAUUGCACACCUUUGGUUCAAGUCUUUAAUGGCUGUUGUUGUUGUUGUAAUUGCACACGGCACUGAUUCUUCUAUCCUGCUGGUUUGUUGUGAACGAGCCACCUGUUGGACCAUGAAGGACCUGUGUGUGUGUCUGUUUGUAUGUGUGUGUGUCCGAGGAAGUGUUAGCGAGGGGUUUGUUGUUCCAACACCCGUGCAGUAUUAUGUUGUUUGAGCGUUACACAACAACGCUUUGGUCUAUUGCAUCCAUGACGGGUUAAUUGUGCACAAAGUGGCUCGGACUUUUGUUUUACACGACAAUCAGAAGUGAAAUAAACUUAUAGUUCCACCCCG